CCGAGUACUGACCCAGUUUUCAAGAAAAGAGGUUUCUGAUUACCUGACAGAAGCUCAUAUUUGUACGAAAAGAAUGGCAAGAGCACAUUUAAUCUUUUCUGCUACUAGUGUGACAGCUGCGCUUUUGCUCUCUCAGCUUUCUUGAAGGAUGAUCAACACAGAGCUAAUUUUUAUACGUUCAAGAUCUCCAGACAAGAAAUAUGCAUAAACUGUAGUAGCUGUUUAUCCGAUUCAAGCACUAAUUGUGCGGGUCCUAGCACGAGUACAACGGGAAAGCAGUGUAUUUCACGGUUAAUACCAGUGAAGAGACACGCAAUGCUCAGUGGAUAAAAGGCUUGUAGUCCCAGCUGGGAAAAUAGUUCCAUUAUCUCCCAGCUGCAUAGACCUUCCAUACGGCUCCGUUCUGCCUCGAUGAACACUGUGGCUUGCUGAGAGCUUGAAACAGUUCUGCAGAAAAUUGUAAAGAUCCUGAGACAUUUCACUGUUAAGAUCUAAUAUCCAGGUAGUCACAGGAAGACACACUAUACUUUCCACCGAUUGGAUGGGAGGAAUUUUUGACCUUGGAAAGUGGAGAUGGUGUUGCUAUGGAAACUAAUAAGUCUGCUGCCAUUCAUGAGCUGCAGCACAGGGAAAGAAACCCUUCAUGGUCCUAUUUUUAUCCAAGAGCCAUAUGAUAUCACUUAUUCCACGGGAUCAGCAAAUCCAGAAAUCUUACUGAACUGCACAGCUAAAGGAUAUCCACUCCCAUACUACAGGUGGAAGCAAAAUGGCACAGAUAUUGAUCUUACCAUGAGUUAUCACUACAGGUUGGUUGGAGGCAGCUUGGCAAUCAAUAACCCACAUAAAAAACAGGAUAUUGGAACAUACCAGUGUUUGGCCACAAAUUCAUUUGGAACAAUUCUGAGCAGGAAGGCAAAGCUUCAAUUUGCAUAUCUUGAAAAUUUUGAAAUGAAGCCAAGAAGUACAGUGUCAGUCAGAGAAGGACAAGGAGUGGUUCUGCUCUGUGGUCCUCCACCACAUUAUGGAGGCUUGUCCUAUACAUGGAUCUUCAACAAUAAAACUUUAUAUGUUCAGGAAGACAGUCGCCGCUUUGUUUCACAAGAAACAGGUAAUCUGUACAUUGCCAAAGUAGAGCCGUCGGACGUGGGCAAUUACACCUGUGUUGUAACUAACUCGAAAGCAGAGCAAAGUGUGCGGGGGCCACCCACUCCUCUCACUCUCCGCAGUGAUGGUGUGAUGGGGGAGUAUGAACCAAAGAUUGAAGUACAUUUUCCAGAAACAACAUAUGCAGCGAAGGGCUCAUCUGUUAAACUGGAAUGCUUUGCCCUUGGAAAUCCUGUCCCUAGUAUUAGCUGGAAGAGGUCUGAUGGAAACUCACUGACAAAGAAAAUCGAACACAACAAAAACAAAGGAGUUCUUGAAAUCCCAGAUGUUCAGCAAGAAGAUGAAGGCUCUUACGAGUGCAUUGCAGGAAACAUUCGAGGAAUAAACAUUGCAAGAGGUCAAUUAUUUGUCUAUGCACUCCCUGAAUGGGAUAAAAAAAUCCACAAUGCCUUUCUGCCUCUCUAUGACAGUUUGUUUUGGGAAUGUAAGGCAAGAGGAAAACCAAGCCCUUCCUACAGUUGGUUAAAAAAUGGCCAGCCGCUCAUGUCAGAGGAAAGAAUUCAAAUUGAAAAUGGAACUCUUAUCAUACCUAUGCUGAAUAUGUCAGACUCUGGCCUCUAUCAGUGUGUGGCAGAAAACAAGUACGAUACUAUUUAUGCCAAUGCUGAGUUGCGGGUGAUAGCUGCAGCACCCGACUUUUCCAAAAACCCUGUGAAAAAAACAUCUGUUGUUCAAGUUGGAGGUGAAAUUACAAUUGGUUGUAAACCGAGCGCUUCUCCCAGAGCAGUUAUUAACUGGAGAAAGGGCUCAGAGGUUCUGCGCCGGAACAAAAGGGUCACCUUUCUAGAAGAUGGCAGUCUCAGACUCUAUAACAUCACCAGAUCAGAUUCCGGGGUGUACACUUGUAUAGCAACAAAUCAGUUUGGAGCUGCCAGAAAUUCAGGAAACCUGAUUGUGAAAGAAAGAACUGUAAUUACAAUUCCACCUUCUAAUAUGGAUGUAACAGUUGGAGAAAGCAUAGUUCUUCCAUGCCAGGUGUCUCAUGACCCAUCCAUUGAUGUGGUGUUCACAUGGUCGUUCAAUGGCAAUAGGAUUGAUUUUAAUAGUGGAAUACAUCAUUUUGAAAGAAUUGGAAGAGAAUCUAUUGGGGAUUUGAUGAUAAGAAAUAUUCAGCUACAUCAUUCUGGGAAAUAUGUGUGCAUGGUACAGACAACUUUAGACAGUCAGUCUGCAACAGCAGAUAUAAUUGUAAGAGGCCCCCCAGGUCCACCAGAAGAUGUUAAAGUUGAACAUAUUUCUAGCACUACUGCUGUCUUAUCCUGGAAGUCUGGAAUAGAUAAUAAUAGUCCAGUCCAGAUCUACAGUGUUCAGACGAGGACUCCUUUCUCAGUUGGAUGGCAGGCAGUUUCAACAGUUCCUGAAGUAGUUAAUGGCAGGACUCACAAGGCAACCGUCAUUGACUUAAGCCCUUGGGUUGAAUAUGAGUUUCGUGUGGUUGCCAGCAAUAGUGUUGGAACUGGGGAGCCAAGCAGACCAUCAGCUCUACUAAAAACUAAAGCAGCAGUUCCUGUCGUGGCACCAACGAACAUCAGUGGAGGAGGAGGAAGCCGUUCCGAGCUGGUCAUCACGUGGGAGCCAGUUCCAGAAGAACUACAAAAUGGGGAAGGUUUUGGCUACAUCAUUAUGUUUCGUCCUCUUGGCUCGACAACCUGGACAAAAGCAGUGGUGGCUUCAGUGGAAGCAAGCAAAUAUGUUUACAGGAAUGAAAGCAUUACACCUCUCUCUCCUUUUGAAGUGAAAGUCGGUGUCUACAACAACGAAGGAGAAGGGACCCUGAGCUCCAUAUCCGUUGUCUACUCAGGAGAAGAUGAGCCGCGGAGAGCACCAGCAGGGGCUUCGGCACUGAGCGUUUCGGCGGCGGAGGUGGAGGUCUCCUGGCAGCCCAUCACGUGGAACAGGCACACAGGCAGGGUGCUGGGCUACGAGGUUUUAUAUUGGACUGAUGAUCCCAAGGAAAGCACGGCUGGUAAAGUCAGAGUCAAUGGGAAUGUAACAGCCAAAAAUAUCACAGGACUAAAAGCUAACACAGUGUAUUUUGCAACAGUUCGAGCUUAUAACACUGCAGGGACAGGGCCCUCCAGCACCCCAGUAAAUGUCACCACUAAAAAAUCACCACCGAGUCAACCCCCGGCAAACAUCGCUUGGAAGCUGACAAAUUCCAAAAUCUGCUUGAACUGGGAACAUGUUAAAACAAUGGAGAAUGAAUCAGAGGUGCUAGGCUACAAAAUUUUGUAUAGGCAAAACAGACAUAGCAAAACACAUAUACUGGAGACAAACAACACUUCAGCUGAACUUCUGGUACCAUUUGAAGAAGAUUAUCUCAUAGAAAUAAGAACAGUCAGUGACGGUGGGGAUGGCAGCAGCAGUGAGGAAAUUAGGAUUCCAAAAAUAUCAAGUUUAAGCUCUGGAGCAAUAAAAUUGUCCCCAAGGGUAAACCAUAUACUGACAUCUGGGAUCCUGCUAUUGAGUUCUGUUCUUACAUACUCUUUUCCUCGGUGAUUAAAGGAGUGCUCAGCCAUGGACUUUUAAAAAUAAACCACGUGUAGAUUUUAUCUUCAUCAUGAACAACAUUCCUGAUAAAGAAAAACAGUGGGGAUGGGGGAGAUAGAAGUGAUCUAUUAUUAAUAAAACGUUAGGUAUCAAUAUUACGUUAAUUUUUAAAAAUAGCCAUUGAAAUUAAUGGAUAAAUAUAUAUGCAUUAAUUAAAGGGAGUGAUGAAAAACAUAACUUGAGUUUGUAAGGAGAGUGGUCUCAAAUUCUUUACAAGCCGUAGUUCUUACUGAAACUCCAGUGUAAUGGUAUGUCAAGCAUGAAAGACCUGUGCCGAGCUGAUACGACUGAGAGAAGAGAUUUGCAAUUGCUUGUGAUGUGGAUACCGUUUAUCUCACGUUCUUCAAUGUAACCUGUAAGAAAGCCCCACUUUCAAUUAAAUAAAAGCUAUUUGUUUACUUUUUGCACUUGUUUGUAUUGCAGGGGGUGUCGUACAAUGCAUUAUAUGAAGUAUGCUGUACUGUUUUCUUCAGAAAAUGGAAACUUAAAUAAAAGGAAUCAUAUGUAACAACCCAAAGCCCAUUGAAUUCAAUAGAAGGACUUUCAAUGGCAUCAGCAAGCCUUGAACCAGAACUGAACAAGACAAUACCUUUUAUGAGGUACCUUACAUAUUCUCAAAUACAUUUUAAAGGACUUUUUCAUGCAAAGACUAUUCUCAUCAACAAAACUAGCAGAGAUGCUGAAUACCUUUUUCGAGGAGAUUGAAAUAUAUCAGUCUUCAAGUGGGUUCCGUUGCUCUCUCACCUGAUACGGUUAUUCUGUGUUAUAGCUUGGAAGUGUAGAUUCAUCUUUUGGCUGGGUAAGAGGGUAAAUGAGAAGAACAUUGAUUUUCAUCAUCUUGAAAUAUAAAUAAAAGCAUCUAAUUAAGCCCUUCAACCUAUUGAGUUAUUAGAAUGACAAUCACAGGAGUGAGCACAGCUUUCGAGUCAGCUCAAAAUGUGAAG